UCCCCCCACCUCCAGUAGUUCCCGGAUCGUGAACAACACACCGAGAGAGAGGGAAAAAAAACUCCGGUUUGAUCAAAUCUCCCCGGUACCGGCGGAUUUCUGCCCCCUCCAGGCGCCCGCCAUGAGCGGCUCGAGGAAUAACCGGGUGAUGAUGGAGGGGGUCGGGGCGCGAGUGGUGCGGGGCCCCGACUGGAAGUGGGGCAAACAGGACGGCGGCGAGGGGCAUGUGGGCACCGUGCGGAGCUUCGAGAGCCCCGAGGAGGUGGUGGUCGUCUGGGACAACGGCACAGCCGCCAACUACCGCUGCUCCGGGGCCUACGACCUGCGCAUCCUGGACAGCGCGCCGACAGGGAUCAAACAUGAUGGGACAAUGUGUGAUACGUGUCGUCAGCAACCAAUUAUUGGCAUUCGUUGGAAGUGUGCAGAGUGUACUAAUUAUGACCUUUGUACAGUUUGCUACCAUGGCGAUAAGCACCAUCUGAGGCACAGGUUCUAUAGGAUCACCAUUCCUGGUAGUGAGAGAGUUUUGCUGGAAUCUCGACGCAAGUCAAAGAAGAUAACUGCAAGAGGGAUUUUUGCAGGUGCACGAGUGGUACGUGGAGUGGACUGGCAGUGGGAGGACCAGGAUGGGGGCAACGGACGUAGGGGCAAGGUGACUGAAAUCCAAGAUUGGAGUGCAUCUAGUCCUCACAGUGCAGCAUAUGUUUUGUGGGACAAUGGCGCCAAGAACCUAUACAGAGUGGGGUUUGAAGGCAUGUCUGAUUUGAAAUGUGUCCAGGAUGCAAAAGGAGGUUCUUUUUACCGAGAUCAUUGUCCUGUGUUGGGUGAACAAAAUGGAAGUCGCAACCCUGGUGGUUUACAGAUUGGUGAUCUUGUAAAUAUUGACCUGGAUCUAGAGAUCGUUCAGUCAUUACAGCAUGGACAUGGUGGUUGGACUGAUGGUAUGUUUGAGACAUUAACAACCACUGGAACAGUCUGUGGCAUUGAUGAAGAUCAUGACAUUGUAGUACAGUACCCAAGUGGCAACAGGUGGACAUUCAAUCCUGCAGUACUGACUAAGGCUAAUGUGGUUAGAAGCGGGGAUGCAGUUCAGGGAGCAGAAGGUGGAUCUUCACAGUUUAAUGUUGGUGACUUGGUUCAAAUCUGCUACGACUUGGAGAGAAUCAAGCUUCUUCAGCGUGGCCAUGGAGAAUGGGCUGAAGCAAUGCUCCCUACUUUGGGGAAAGUUGGGCGUGUUCAGCAGAUUUACUCUGACAGUGAUUUAAAAGUUGAGGUUUGUGGGACUUCAUGGACGUACAACCCUACAGCUGUUACUAAAGUGGCAUCAGCAGGAUCUGCAGUGUGCAAUGCAUCUGGUGAGCGUCUGUCCCAGUUGUUGAAAAAGCUAUUUGAAACUCAAGAAUCUGGAGACAUCAAUGAAGAGCUGGUUAAAGCUGCAGCCAAUGGCGACGUUGCGAAAGUGGAAGAAAUAAUGGCACGACCCGAUGUUGAUGUGAAUGGUCAGUGUGCAGGACACACUGCAAUGCAGGCAGCCAGUCAGAAUGGACAUGUGGAUGUUUUGAAGUUACUUCUCAAGCAUAGUGUUGACUUAGAAGCUGAGGAUAAAGAUGGAGACCGAGCAGUUCACCAUGCUUCGUUUGGGGAUGAAGGUGCUGUAAUCGAUGUUUUACAUCGAGGAGGAGCUGAUCUAAAUGCUCGGAAUAAGCGAAGGCAGACUCCAUUGCACAUUGCUGUAAAUAAAGGUCAUUUGCAAGUUGUUAAAACUUUGCUUGACCUUGGAUGCCAUCCCAGUCUCCAGGACUCUGAAGGUGACACACCCCUUCACGAUGCAAUAAGCAAAAAACGUGAUGAUAUGCUCUCUGUGCUGCUAGAAUCUGGUGCAGAUGUGACAAUUACUAACAACAAUGGUUUUAAUGCUCUUCAUCAUGCUGCACUGCGAGGCAAUCCCAGUGCCAUGCGUGUGUUACUUUCCAAGCUCCCAAGGCCAUGGAUUGUGGAUGAGAAAAAGGAUGAUGGAUAUACUGCUCUGCAUUUAGCAGCACUUAACAAUCAUGUUGAAGUGGCAGAAUUACUGGUACAUCAGGGCAAUGCUAACCUGGAUAUCCAAAAUGUAAACCAGCAAACUGCAUUGCAUCUCGCUGUUGAGCGUCAACAUACUCAAAUUGUUCGGCUACUAGUUCGUGCUGGUGCAAAAUUGGACAUCCAGGAUAAAGAUGGUGAUACACCUCUCCAUGAAGCCUUGAGACAUCAUACCUUAUGUCAGCUCCGUCAACUGCAGGAUAUGCAGGAUGUGGGAAAAGUUGACAGUGGCUGGGAGCCCUCCAAGAACACAUUACUUAUGGGUCUUGGAACGCAAGGAGCAGAUAAGAAGAGUGCUGCUUCUAUUGCUUGCUUCCUCGCCGCAAAUGGAGCAGACCUUGCUAUUCGCAACAAGAAAGGACAGUCGCCACUCGAUCUUUGCCCUGAUCCAAACCUCUGUAAAGUCCUUGCAAAAUGUCAUAAGGAGAAAGUCAGUGGACAGGUUGGAUCACGUAGCCCUUCCAUGAUUAACAAUGAUACAGAGACUUUGGAAGAGUGCAUGGUUUGUUCAGACAUGAAGCGUGACACUUUGUUUGGACCUUGUGGACACAUUGCGACUUGUUCUCUCUGUUCACCGCGUGUUAAAAAGUGCCUGAUCUGUAAGGACCAGGUUCAAUCGCGAACAAAGAUUGAGGAGUGCGUGGUGUGUUCUGACAAGAAGGCAGCAGUCCUUUUUCAACCUUGCGGUCAUAUGUGUGCCUGUGAGAAUUGUGCAAGCCUGAUGAAAAAGUGUGUACAAUGCCGGGCUGUCGUCGAGCGAAGAGUGCCUUUUAUUAUGUGUUGUGGUGGGAAAGGUACGGAAGAUUCCAAUGAUGAUCUUAGUAGUGGAAACAUUACUGCUCUUCAACGAGACAAAGACAAUACCAACGUCAAUGCAGAUGUUCAGAAGCUUCAGCAACAGUUACAAGAUAUCAAAGAGCAGACCAUGUGCCCAGUAUGUUUGGAUCGCUUAAAGAACAUGAUCUUCCUCUGCGGUCAUGGGACAUGUCAGCUUUGUGGUGACCGAAUGAGUGAAUGCCCUAUUUGCCGUAAAGCCAUAGAACGCAGGAUUCUCUUGUACUAAACAUAAACGUUGUCUGAGUACAAAGUGAAGCACUACAACCACACCUGUAUAAUAUUUGCAAAUAAAUUAUUUUGGGUAGCUUUUUUCCUGUUUUGGGCUAUAACAUUUGGAUCCUAACCUCUAGAGUCUUUUCCAUGGCAUAAUAUUAUCAUAUGAAAAAUCUUAAAUUUAUAUGCAUCAUCAUCAAAAGACUUUACUGAUCAAAUCUGUUUGGAAAGAUUCUCCCAGCUUCACGCUUAGCUCCUAAUGUACCUGAUUGCAUUCCUAGCACAGUUAGAAGAGUUCUUCGGUCAAAAUAGGAAAGCAGUAAAUAAGGUCGUUGUCUCCUUGGUGCAGUAAAUAGAAGCUGACUCUUUCAACUUUGUUCAAUAAUAAUUUGUUUAUUUUCAAACACAUUUCUGUUUUAAGUUUCUGACUUUUUUUGCAGAUUUUGAACUUAGAUUGCAUUGGUUAAGACUUUUUCUGUGGGUAAUCAUUUAUAACACAUAGGUAACAGUACUUCCUUUCUAAAGUCCCGUAUCUUGGGUAAAAAGCCGACAAAAUUAAAUUGGCUUUAUAAAUUCACAAUUCAACAAAUCAAUUAAUUUUUGCAGUACCUUAUCUUGCAUACGUGUAUUCAAAGUGUGUUGUCUGAACCUGAAUUGUUUGCCGAUUAAAUCAGUGCUAUUUUGUACUACAUGGAGAAGUUUAAAUAGACUGGACUCUGUGCGUGGUGUGGAAUUUUAAUAUUGCAGUAUUCUCGUCGAUGCUACUACAUCAAACUGACAUAGAUUAAAAAAUGACUUUAUAUUGUGUUUCCAAAAUAUUUUGUAGACUGUCCUCCAAAGAAACAUAAUCGUGUGCACAAGCUUAAGUAGCCCUUGAGUUGGUAUGGUAGUUUGGCAGUUAUCAGAGUUUGGUACAAAUAUUAACAGACAAAAUGAACAAUUGUAGGAAGAAGCAUGAGCAAUGUGUGCUGCAAAAGCCAGCAAAGUGAUUUGAGGUUUAUUGCAAUUGAAAACUGAAAGGAGUUGAAAGCUUUGCUAGUUAGAGUUCAAGAUGUGUGGGAGAGUCUGAGCUGACAGGCAGUAGUUUGAAGUAUAUGGAAAUAUUAAAUUAUGUUGUCAGUUUCUGACGGUGUUUAAUUGCAUGUAUGUUUGCAUGUUCAGGUGUUUUAACAUUCUUUGAAUUCUAAUCAUGCAUAUAUUGAUCAUCAUGGAGUUAUUUUGAAGUUUAACUUAUUUGCAAACUUCAGAUAAUGUAGGUGUGCAAAGGCAGAUAUUCCAAUCUCCUUUCUGGUAAAGUGCGCAAGCCAUUUCAUUAGCAACAUUACAUAACCUGGCUAAAAUCAGGAGGUCAGUGUAAAAUUAUAGUUGGCAGUCCAAAUCCCAGCAGUGAAUGGUGUUCAUAUACUUGCACCAGUGGAUUGCUGUAACAGCAAUGAAUUUUGAUCUCAAAUCAUCUUCUCUGUUGCCAGUAGCUGUGACUUUUUAAGCAAGAACUAAAUUUUUAAAUAUGCAGGAAUGCAUUAAUAAAACUUUGUUGAGUUUGGAUAACUGUGUCCUCAUUUUCAUGUUUUUUUAAUAUGGUUUCCUGUUGACAUUGAUACAUUGAGUCCAAAUCAGAUUUUUAAAUAUCUUUCUACAAUGUAUUGUGGCCCUAGUUAUCUUGUAUGCAUUGAUAUAUGUGAUUUCUGUGACAAAAACAAACCGUUAAAUUCCUCAAGCAACUGUUAAAACUGUUCUGCAUGCUAAAAUCAGAUAGGAUAUUUUGGAAAUCUAACAUGGUAGGUUUCAAGGAUUCAUUUAUUUGGAAUGAAGCAAUUUUGAAUCAAAAUGGCAAUUGGCAGGGAAAGCAAUGCACAUUUAAAAAAUGAUCCAAUAAAAAUUAUGAAAUGAAAUUAGAAAGCAUUUGCAAUUAGGUAAGAUGGCAUUUACGUAAACAGUUUAGCCAUUUUGUUUACUUUGAAGUCUCUGGGGUGUGCAAAUGUCUGUAGUUUGAUUCUGGCAAAUCACGACACAGGGUCACAUUGAUUGAAUUGCUAGGUUUAUUUUCUUGAAUUUAUUUUGAAACCAAGAGCUACUUCUCCACACCACAAUAAUUAUAAACAUCUACUGAAUGCUUAGGACCAGAUUGCACAGCUUAUCAACGUUUAAAUUUAAAAUCCAAGCAGAACAUUUGUCCAUUUUACUUGAGCCAAUCUUGUCUUACUAAUGUUUAAGGUUUGUUUUAUUUGUUUCAGAUUGUACUUUGGUACAACCUCAAUUGUUUUGCCAUAGUACAAUAAAAUCUUUGAAUAUUGUACUAAUUUUUUAUUAACAUUAUUUACAAAUUAAUUCAGUGAUAACAAGAGGACUUGUACAGCAAUAUUUCUUGUCAAAUUGCAUUUCAUAUUUAAAAGUAAUGAUUUCAGAUCAUUAGUGUUAAGCUCUUGGCUUUGUGUGGUAAUCAGGAAACCCUGAAGUCAAGGAGGCCACACAACUUUGGAGUGGUCUCGGAUAGUCGUGAACACGUCUUGCUAACUUGUACUAAAAGUUUGCAUUUAUCAUUAUUUGAAGAUUGGCACCAUUCCAACUUUUCUCCACACUAUCUGCUUGUAUUCCGUUUAAUUCAGGAAUGAGAAAAUAGCUGAUCAACCAUGCCUCUGUUGAGCCUGAGAGUCUGUCUGUAUUAAGCAUAAGAAGGAAAUGGACUGGGACAAAGUAAAGAAGGAAAUCCUAGUUUUUACUAUGUCUUACAAUAGGAUUCUAUCAAAAGACUGAUGCAAAUUGGGAUGAAUUGCAUUUUGCAAAAUAAACACAUUUUGAGUUUGAUUUGCCUCUGUUUGUAAUUGGUUCAUCAACAAUGCAACUGGCUAUAGAACAAGAUUAGCUGCAUUGUAUUUAUCUUAUUUAUUUAGUACUUUGCUUUAAUUGCCAGUGGCAUAAUACCUUUUCUGUUGGGUCCUUAUUCUCCAACAAUAAGGCUCUUGCACUAAUAUGGACUUGCUUUAAUUUUACAAUAGAAUAAGCCAGUGCAAAGUUUGAAAGUCAUUCUUGCCUUACUGACUGUUCAACAUAGCUCUGUAGUAGUAAGUAGGUUUGCUGCUUAUUGUAUGAUGAAGUUUUUGUAACGUUUAUGCGAAUUACAUUUAAAGCUAUUUUGAUUUAUCAAAUCAGUUCACAUUUUGUAAGUCAAAUGCUUGUUACUAAUGUAUAAGUGGACAUUUUAACUUUAGUUGCUCUUAAAUGUUGAGUUGAAUAUUUUAUUGCCUUUGUCUUUUAUUUUUAAUGGAAAAUUGUCCUGCUUUAGACAUCAGUGCAACUUAGGUUUUUGGGACAAAAUCUGAGAACAUGCCCGUUACAGGGGAUGGUUACUGACCAAAUUCUUUCUUCAUUUUGUUAACUGUAUAAUGUCUGAAUGCAACUGUAUUGUGCUUUGUCACUUAAAAAUUGCACAACCAAGUUAAAGCUUUAGAAAUAAAACUCAUUUAUAUUCAUUUGUUAA